AUGGCGGUACUUGAUGUCGUCCAGCGGUUUUCAGAUAUCAACCCCUUCUUCUUCGCAAUAGUCGGGCUAGCCUUGACAGCGUGCGCUAUUGGCGCACUAUCCUACUCGCAUCGCGUCCCUGGGAAUGCGCCACCUCAAGUCAAAGACGAUCUUCCAGUCGUCGGGGCUCUUGGUUUCUGGACCCGAAGAUGGGAAUGGUGGAGCGAGCGACGCGACCAGUCCAAGACGGGAACCUUUUCUUUCCAUGCUGGACCGAACAUGAUUGUUGCGCUUUCAGGAGACAAAGGACGCCAGCUAUUCUUCGAGUCGAAAGAUCUGGGCUUCACCGAAGGAUAUGCUGUACUGUUCGGUAACUCGCCCAAAGUUUCCAGGACCAUCACUGCCGAGGAUAAUAAUCUCAGCUUCAGCGCCAUGUUCCAUCGCCGUCUUAGCUUCUUCUUAAAGAACGACCAAUUCCGUCGCAAACUACCGAUCUUGAUAUCCGACACAAAGCAAGCUCUCGAAGCCAUCAAGAAUGAGCCCAGUGGCCGCACCAAUCCCUUCGAGAGCCUGUACCGGAUCGUCUUCCGCCUCACCAUCCGCAUGGUAGGCGCUACUGAGAUUGCCGAAGACCCUCAGAUGCUGGAGGAGGUUCUAAAGAUGUUUGAGACGAUUGAAAGCAGCUCUACCGCUACGUCAGUCUUGUUCCCGAAGCUCCCUUCACCGGCUCUCUUGAAGCGGAACUGGGCAGGAGCGCAACUCUAUAUGAUGAUCGACAAAAUCAUCAAGAAGCGUGCGGCAAGCGAUGAAAAGCACGAUGACGCGCUGCAGUACUUGCUGGAUCAGGGUGAUCGCGCCGAGAGAGUCGCUCAGUUCGUCGUUGGAGCGUUGUUCGCCGGUCUACUCAACAGCGGUAUCAACGUAGCCUGGAUGAGUGGAUCUAAACCUGUCCAUCCCUUGUACGAGUAG